AUGAGUUCACGGCCGAAGCGUCCUCGUUCAACCGGACCUAAUCCAACCAGCAAGAGACAGCAAACCACACAAAUUGCAGCAACUCGUGAUGAGGUCGCACUCAAAAUUGCGAAAGAACUUCUUCAAGCGCGCCCACCACCUGAGCAGAUUGAUUUGGACAUUAUGCCUGGGUUCGGGAUUUCCCACGAGUUAUCUCAGGAUAAUGAAGCGGAAGCUAUGCAGCUCUUUGUAGAGUCAGCCGAGUGGGAGAGCAUCGACACCUUUGACGAGUUUGCCGCCGCGUCCCAAGACUUCAAGACCUUGUGGAAGACCUCCGUGCGAGUGCUACACAUGCCACCAAACUGCAUGCUUGCCCCGCAAAAUCUACUACAAUAUGGCACCGGCACCUCCAUAUCCGACAAAGUGGUGUUUGGUUCAGAUUUCAGCAAGUUUCUGACAUCUCUAAUCAUCCACCCAGUAUGGGGUCAUGAGUUUGGUAUGUUUCGACUCGCCUUGCAGUUUGCGGUCAAGUGCCGAAUAGGUCACCGAGGUGUUUGGCCCGAGAAAGAGCACCAUGCAAGAGGGUAUCAGGCUAUUGAGACACUCAGGCAUAUGCUCGAUCAGUCGAGAGAUGGGCCCGAAACCAUUUCCGAUAUGUUGGCAAAGGCAAUAGGCGACACUGAGAUUGCUCAAGACUUCCCGGCCUUUCUACUCACCAUUUCCGACCAUGUCAAGAAGGAAGAUGGCCAUGAUCUUGAGAGUUACACCCAAUGCCAUGGACUGUUUGCAUUCCCUGUCCUGAUUGAGGACCUGAGAGCUAUCGAGAGAGCCCUUGACAAUUAUCCUUGGGUUGAAAAGUCUUGGAUGACCACUACAGCGCGCAUAUGGGCAGCUUUCAAGUCAGAGCUAGGGAACGACAAAGUUGAAUUCCCAGAACCUGGUCAGUUGAAGGAAUACCUUUCGCGAAACGUAGAGUACGUCUUUCGAGUCAUUUUUUCGAGGAAAAAGCAGAACAAAGAUCGAAAAGGUCCAGACGCCAGGUUGAGCCAGUCUCUGCCGGGUGAACAAGAGCGAAAUGCAAUGGACGAUCGAAUCUGUCGUCUCGAACGAGGAUAUGUAGAACUCGCCUCGCGCUUUGAUCAAGAUAGACUUCGUAACGCUGAGUUACUAAAAAGAGUUGAAGCUCUCGAGUCAGAGAGCCUGAGCAGUACUCGCAGUUCCAACGACAGCCAGCUGCGUACAGAAAACGAACUUCUCAAUGGUCAACUCGAACGUGUCCGCGAGGAAAGGGAUACAGUUAAAGACCAAUUAAGAGAGGAGGCGCGCAUUCGGCUUGAAAACCUGACUCAGGCACGAGACCAGCUGUCCAAGGCGCACGACGAGAUUGAUUCUCUCGAAAGUGAGAAGGGGAACUCUCAAGUCGAGUUGGAGUCUUUGCGCAAUACGAACGUCGAGCUCACAAAGGAGCUGUCCGACGUUAAGCAGGGCUGUAAUAACGCGCAGAAGAACCUAAUCGAGGCCACACAGGGUUGGUCUGAGACUUUAAAGGACUUAUCUGAGGCUAGGCAGAAGAUUGCUUCUCUCGAAAGAGGACAAGGACGAAUCUGA